AGAGGCGGAGUCAGACCGAGGAUAACAGGCUCUGCAGGACAGGAGCGGAACCAGAGGAAGCGUCUGCAGCCUUGGACUCUCUGCAACCAUGGAGCUCUACCUGGACCUCGUGUCGCCGCCCUGCCGCUUCGUCUACCUGUUCGCCAAGAAGCUCAACAUCCCGUUCGAGUUCAAGCUGAUUGAGCUCGUGUCAGGGCAGCAGUUCAGCGAGGAAUUUGGAAAAGUCAGCAUUGUGAGGAAAAUUCCUGUAAUGAAAGAUGGAAACUUCAUCCUGACAGAAAGUGCGGCCAUCGUUGAGUACCUGGCUCAGAAACACUUGGCGCCCGACCACUGGUGUCCGGCCGAGCUGCAGCAGCGAGCUCGUCUCACCGAAUACUUGAACUGGCAGCCGAUGAACAUCGCACUGCACUGUUCAAGAGUCUUCCUGCUCAGGGCUUUUUAUACCGUGGUCACGGACAUCGAGGUCCCAAAGGAGAAGAUGGACGAGGUCUUGGCAGAUGUGAAGCAGUCGCUGAAGCUGCUGGAGGAUAAAUUUCUCCAGGACAAGCCGUUCAUCAUUGGCGACAAAAUCUCUGCGGCCGAUCUGGUGGCUGUAAUGUGGAUCAUGCAGCCCUUCGGAACCGGUGUGGACUUGUUUGAAGACUUUCCGAAGCUGCAGGCCUGGAGGGAUCGAGUGAGGAAGGAGAUCGGAGAGAAGCUCUUUGACGAAUCCCACGACGCUGUGAGAACGCCCAGCAACCUGGCGCCGAAAUUGAAGGCGCUCAAAGGCCUGGACAUGCUCAAAGCCAGGAUGAAGAAGAUGUUCGGCUGAGGAGGUUUGGACACGGAAAACACAGCUUCACGUGUUCCACGCUUCACCUGAUCUGCAAAAUUCUUGCCGAGAAAUAAUGUACAAGUUUCCGUAUGUGGUUAUCUGAUCUGACUUUUUCAUUCACCAACAGCUAAAAAAAUCUUUUUUUCGUGCAAUAAAAUCUAUAAAUUUGCUAAAUCUAAA